UGAAAUAAUCUACGUCCAAGGUAGUCGCCAAAUGGUUGCCGACUCUAUGAUCGAGGACCCGGCUCUUUUGAGGGGGCUUCCUCGACGCCUUUUUAUUCCCCGUCCUCUUCUAAUCCAUGUUUUAAAAAAUAGCUAAAGCCUCCAGGGCGAACUCUCCAAUCAGUCUCCUCCCACGUCGUCCCGGGUUUCUCAGAUCAAGCGAUUAGGGUUUCUCGCCAUCUCGAGGAACGAGAGCAAGAAGAGAUCUUCGCGAGAUGUGGGCGGCGUCGUGCCUCGCCUCGUGCUGUGCGGCCUGCGCCUGCGAGGCGUGCCGGUCGGUGGUCGGCGGGAUCAGCCGCCGCUCCUCCCGCAUCGCCUACUGUGGACUCUUCGCAUUCUCCCUCAUCGUCUCCUGGAUUCUGCGCGAGGUCGCCGCUCCCCUCAUGGAGAAACUUCCCUGGAUCAAUCAUUUCCAUCGGACGCCUGAUAGAGAGUGGUUCGAGACGGAUGCCGUGCUUCGCGUCAGCCUCGGGAAUUUCCUCUUCUUUACGAUCCUGGCCCUUAUGAUGGUGGGGAUCAAGGAUCAAAAGGAUCCACGCGAUCGGUUGCACCACGGUGGGUGGAUGGCGAAGAUCGUGUGCUGGUUUGUGCUGGUGAUUCUUAUGUUCUUCGUUCCCAAUGGCCUUGUCAGCUUCUAUGAGACAAUAUCAAAAUUUGGAUCGGGAUUGUUUCUUCUAGUCCAGGUUGUUCUCUUGUUGGACUUUGUCCAUGGAUGGAAUGACAGCUGGGUCUCUAAGGAUGAGCAGUUCUGGUAUGUGGCAUUGUUCAUCGUCUCGCUUGUUUGCUAUGUGGCCACGUUUUCAUUUACAGGACUGCUGUUUCACUGGUUCACUCCAUCAGGACAUGAUUGUGGCCUCAACACCUUUUUUAUUGUUUUGACAUUGAUUCUCGUGUUUGUUUUUGCGGUUGUUGCAUUGCAUCCAAAGGUAAAUGGCAGCUUAUUGCCAGCAUCAGUGCUCUCUCUCUACUGCGCUUACCUCUGUUACAGCGGGCUAUCAAGCGAACCUAGGGAUUACGAGUGCAAUGGUCUCCAUAAUCACUCGGAAGCUGUUUCAACCGGAAGUCUUACCCUGGGAUUGCUGACAACUGUCCUCUCGGUUAUCUAUUCUGCUGUUCGUGCUGGUUCUUCAACAACCGUUCUCUCGCCACCAAGCUCCCCACGUGCUGGUGCUGAGAAGCCUCUGCUUCCCUUUGAUACGGUAGAGCAGCAGGAAGACAGGAAGAAUGAUGAGGCUAAGCCAGUCUCCUACUCAUACUCUUUCUUCUAUCUCAUUUUCUCUCUAGCCAGUAUGUACGCGGCGAUGCUUCUGACUGGCUGGUCAACCUCGGUUGGUGAAAGUGGAAAGCUUGUUGAUGUGGGCUGGUCCUCUGUGUGGGUCAGGAUUGUUACUCAGUGGGCCACAGCAGCUCUAUACAUCUGGUCUCUAAUUGCUCCCAUUCUCUUCCCAGAUAGGGAGUUCUGACUUCCAAGAAUGGAAGGAUACAAUAAUUAAUGGGGCCCAAGUCUAGGAUUACUGAGCCCUAACUGCUACUGUACAUGUGUCCAUGUACGUGCUCUCUGUGGAAUCUGUUAUAUGGAUGGAGUGCGAACUUUGUACGAUCCGAGAAUGAUAAAGCGGUUGCUGUAAUAUGUGGAGUUACAAACAUGGUUCUUCAUGGUUGAGCAAUGGCAUGCUCAUUCUGUCUUUGCAUCGUUUUUCCGCAGAUUGCAAAUCACUUGUUGGUAAAUUUUUAUUUCCA